AUGAGGAAAAUUGGCUGUGCUCUCCUGGUACUCCAAGCUCUUCUGGCGCCUUUGGAUCUUGUUCGUGGAGCAGAGAGAAGUUAUCCCAUCCUGAACAUUGCAGUGAUUCUGGGAAGGACCAAGUAUAUCACAGAGAGAGAUAUCAGAGCUCUCUGGACCAGGGAAAUGUCAGCAGACCUGACUGUUGAUGUCAAUGUAGUGACCCUUCUGGUGAACCAGACUGACCCUAAGAGCAUCAUAACACACGUUUGCGACUUGAUGUCAGGCACCAAGAUCCAUGGAGUGGUUUUUGGAGAUGAUACUGAUCAGGAGGCAGUAGCUCAGAUUUUGGAUUUUAUUUCAUCUCAGACUUCUAUUCCAAUUCUUGGAAUUCAUGGUGGGGCCUCCAUGAUAAUGGCAGAUAAGGAUGUGAUGUCCACAUUCUUCCAGUUUGGGGCUUCUAUCCAGCAAGAAGCCAUCGUCAUGCUGAAGAUCAUGCAGGAUUAUGACUGGCAUGUGUUCUCUCUGGUGACCACCACCUUCCCUGGAUAUCAAGACUUCAUCAAUGUCAUUAAGACCACAGUGGAAAAUAGUUUUGUGGGCUGGGACAUGCAGAACAUCAUCGUACUUGAUACCGCCUUUGGAGACGCCAAGACCCAAAUUCAGCUGAAGAAAAUUCAUUCAUCCGUCAUCCUGCUAUAUUGUUCCAAGGAUGAAGCUGUCUACAUACUGGAUGAGGCUCGUUCCCUGGGCCUUACUGGCUAUGAUUUCUUUUGGAUAGUUCCCAGCCUGGUUAGUGGUAACACAGAAAUCACUCCCAAGGAGUUUCCUUCAGGACUCAUUUCAGCAUCUUAUGAUGAAUGGGACUACAGUUUAGAAGCUCGGGUACGGGAUGGCCUUGGGAUUAUUGCCACUGCUGCAUCAGCCAUGCUGGAAAAAUACUCCUUCAUUCCUGAAGCAAAAACUAGCUGCUAUGGACAACUGGAGAAAAAUGACCGUCCGUCUCACACCUUGCACAAGUUUAUGAUGAAUGUGACUUGGGAAGGUAAAGAUUUGUCCUUCACAGCAGAUGGUUAUCAGGCACACCCCAGGCUGGUGGUGAUAGUACUGAACAACGAUCGUGAAUGGGAAAAGGUGGGGAAAUGGGAGAACAACUCACUGAGCCUGAAGUACUCUGUCUGGCCAAGGUACAGCUCUUUUGCAGACAGUGACCCAGAUGAUAACCAUUUGAGUAUUGUCACCCUGGAGGAGGCUCCUUUUGUCAUUGUUGAGGACGUGGAUCCUUUGAUGGAAAGUUGCCAAAAAAACACCGUGCCAUGUCGUAAAUUUGUCAAAAUUAACAACUCAACUAAUGAGGGAACUAACGUAAAGAAGUGCUGCAAAGGAUUCUGCAUCGAUAUCCUGAAGAAGUUGUCUAAAACUGUCAAGUUCACAUAUGACCUGUAUUUGGUGACUAAUGGGAAACAUGGCAAAAAAGUCAAUAAUGUGUGGAAUGGAAUGAUUGGUGAAGUGGUAUAUCAUCGUGCCGUUAUGGCUGUGGGGUCUCUCACUAUUAAUGAAGAGCGCUCUGAAGUGGUUGACUUUUCAGUGCCGUUUGUUGAGACUGGGAUUAGUGUCAUGGUGUCACGGAGCAAUGGCACAGUUUCACCGUCUGCUUUUCUAGAGCCUUUUAGUGCUUCUGUCUGGGUGAUGAUGUUUGUGAUGCUUCUCAUUGUGUCCGCCAUGGCUGUCUUUAUAUUUGAGUACUUUAGUCCUGUAGGAUAUAACAGGAACUUAGCACAAGGGAGAGAUCCCCAUGGACCAUCCUUUACCAUUGGAAAGGCAGUGUGGUUACUCUGGGGCUUGGUAUUCAACAACUCUGUGCCUGUGCAAAACCCCAAAGGGACGACAAGUAAAAUCAUGGUGUCGGUUUGGGCUUUCUUUGCUGUCAUUUUCCUGGCUAGUUAUACUGCCAACUUAGCUGCAUUUAUGAUUCAAGAGGAAUUUGUUGACCAAGUGACUGGACUGAGUGAUAAAAAGUUUCAAAGGCCAUAUGAUUAUUCACCUCCUUUUCGAUUUGGAACGGUCCCAAAUGGAAGCACAGAGAGGAAUAUUAGAAACAACUACCCUGAUAUGCACCUCUACAUGACAAAGUAUAAUCAGAAAGGAGUUGAAGAUGCCUUGGUCAGCUUGAAAACUGGGAAGUUGGAUGCUUUCAUCUAUGAUGCAGCAGUGCUGAAUUACAAGGCUGGAAGAGAUGAAGGCUGCAAACUUGUCACAAUAGGGAGUGGAUACAUCUUUGCCACUACGGGCUAUGGAAUAGCACUUCAGAAAGGAUCACCUUGGAAGAGACAAAUUGAUCUAGCCCUCCUUCAGUUUGUUGGAGAUGGGGAAAUGGAAGAGUUAGAAACCCUGUGGCUGACUGGUAUUUGCCACAAUGAGAAGAAUGAAGUCAUGAGCAGCCAGCUGGACAUUGACAACAUGGCAGGAGUGUUUUACAUGCUCGCAGCAGCCAUGGCACUCAGUUUAAUAACCUUUGUCUGGGAGCACUUAUUUUACUGGAAACUUAGAUUCUGCUUCACUGGAGUCUGCUCAGAUAGGCCGGGAUUGUUGUUCUCAAUCAGCAGGGGUAUUUACAGUUGCAUUCAUGGAGUACACAUUGAAGAAAAAAAGAAGUCUCCUGACUUUACUUUGACCAAUUCCCAAACCAACAUGUUAAAACUACUGCGAACAGCGAAAAAUAUGACCAAUAUCAAUCCUUCAAGAAUUAACUCCCCCAAAAGAACAGCUGAUUUUAUUCAGAGGGGUUCCUUGAUUAUGGAUAUGGUCAUGGAUAAGGGAAACUUGAUAUUUUCUGAUAACAGAUCCUUUCAGACAAAGGACAACUUUUUUGGUGACAACAUGAGUGAACUGCAGACACUUCCUGGCAAUCGACACAAGGACAAUCUUAACAACUAUGUUUUCCAAGGUCAGCAUCCUCUCACACUGAAUGAGUCCAAUCCAAAUACGGUAGAGGUUGCAGUAACAGCAGAAGCAAAAGUGAACUCCAGACCUAGGCAGCUUUGGAGGAAAUCUGUUGAAUCUUUACGUCAAGAAUCUGUACGUCAAAGCCAAGGUUCCCAGAGAGAAAAUGGGUCAGAUGAAAACAGGCAGCUUUCAGUGAAAAGCCAAAGAUACCUUCCUGAAGAGAUUGUCCAUUCAGAUGUAUCAGAGACAUCAAGCCGAGCUACUUGCCAUAUGGAACCUGAAAACAACAACAAGCACCACAAAACCAAGGACAAUUUUAAAAAAAGGACAGUAGCAUCAAAAUACCCAAAAGACUGUAGUGAAGUGGAACUGACAUAUCUGAAAACCAAACAGAGCUCUCCACGGGAUAAAAUCUACACAAUUGAUGCUGACAAGGAGCCAGGAUUCCGCUUGGACACACCUCAGUACAUUGAAAACAUUGUCCUUCCAGAAACUAUAGAGUUUCCUGAUGUUUAUCAAGAUCACAAUGACAACUACAGGAAAGCAGAACAUGCUGACAGGACUCCCUUGCAUAAUGAAGACAGUCUUCCAAAUAAUGACCAGUAUAAACUUUAUGCAAAGCACUACACUUUAAAAGAUAAAAAUGCUUCCCUAGUCGACAUGAACGAUAGAUACAGACAGAAUUCCACCCACUGCAGGAGCUGUCUUUCCAAUUUGCCCACUUAUGCGGGACACUAUUCGAGCAGAUCUCCCUAUAAAUGCGACGCAUGCUUGCGGAUGGGGAACCUAUAUGAUAUUGAAGAAGAUCAGAUGCUGCAGGAUACAACGAACUUAUCACUCCCUGAAGAAAUAGAUGAGCAUAGUUGGUCACAAAAUAAUGCUCUGCAAUAUCAUAAAAAAAAUAAGUUGAGGAUUAGCAGGCAACAUUCUUUUGAUAAUAUCGCUGAUAAGUCCAGGGAAAUUGAUAUUGGAAGACCUUCUCGUAGUAUAAGCUUGAAAGAAAGAGAGAAAUUUCUACAAAGUAGUCCAUAUGCAAGCAUGUUUAGUGUUCCCUCAAGCAAACUGUUGAGCAACAAGACCUCACUUUUAACUCAUGCUCUAGAGGACAGUAAGCGGAGCAAGUCCCUGUAUCCUGUUCACUCAGAUGAUAAUCCCUUUCUGCACUCGUAUGGUGAUGACCAGCACUUAUCUCUUAGGCGAAGUCCAGCUGAUCUUUAUAAACAUUCAUUACCAACAAGAGGAAGAAAUGAUAAUUAUUUAAGGUCAUCCAUAAAGUCUACAGCAUCAUACUGUUCCAGGGAUGGUCGGAUCCAUAAUGACAUGUACAUUUCAGAGCAUGUUUUGCCUUACGUUGCAAAUAGGAAUAGCUUGUACUCAACUCCAAGGGUUUUAAAUUCCUGUAGCAAUAGACGUGUGUAUAAGAAAAGGCCUAGCAUUGAAUCAGAUGUUUAA